AUGCCCGUGUCGAUCUCCUUCUACCACAGCAAACGCGGCGACAGCAGCGCCACCGCGAGCUCGUCGUACCAGAGCGUCGCCCUGCACGAGGCAGCCGCCGCCAAGCCGCCCCCGACAGUGCUGCCGUGCGAGUUCUACCGCAACAUCUGGGGUCCCAGUGACGAAGAGGACGCGGCGCUGCGCCGUCGCGCUCGCUCCAAUAAGAGCGCGAGUCGCUCGUCCACCUCGACGUCGUCUCGGAAGUACAAGAAGCGCGUGGCCACUGGUCCGCUCGUGGACAUUGCGCAGGUGGCGCACGUGGUCACGACCAUGUCGGACUUCCGAGCCGAGUACGACGACGAUGACGACGUGAAGACAGUGCCACGCGUGAACCUCUGGGACGACGGCAGUCUCACGGUGAUCGACGCUGCUGCUAAUUCGCGCAGCCAGAGCGAGGUUGACUCGGUGGCUUGCGAGCCCGAGUCGCAAGGGACUCGCCCGCAGUCGUCCAGUGGCCGUAGCAGUCGCGCCAAUCGCAUCACGGAAGUCAGUUGCGAAGACAGCGACGAGGAGCUCAGUAGCUUGGGGUCGUCGGUAUUGAACCGCCAUUGGCCCGGACAGCUCCAGCGCGUGAACACGCCCGAGGUCGUGCGGCCCAGUGCGGGGAAGCACGCAGCAAGUAGUAAUAUGCGACAAGACAGUGGCAAGAAGCAGGAGCAGCAGCUCACGAUGAACAGCACGCCGGUCCCGCCGCCGUCGUCCCACAACGGCAGCGUCGUCUUUAGUGACGUCUUCUCGGAGCAGCAGGACUGGACGUGGAGCGCCAAGUUUCUCCUGGGCAUCCACGAGCCCAUUCGACACGCGCUGUUUGUGAUGGACCGGUUCUUGGAGCAGUCGCAGAGUCAGGCGAAACCGGACGCGGCCGAGACGUUGGCGCUGGAGACGCACGUGGCCGAGUUCUUUGUGUGGUUCAAGACGUACUUUGUCGAGUAUUUGCAGUGCCAGCACGACGUCAAAGUGACGGUGCUGCUGCCGCUGCUGAACUUGCCCGUGUCGACGAAGCAGCAAAUUAUGGACGUGUACCAGGACAUUUCGCAGCUACUGGCGCAGAUCCAGCAACUCGAGCGCGCUUUGUGUGUAAGUGGCGCGUGCAGUGCAUCGUCGUGGCUCUUGCGGCUUCAGGUGCUGCAGACGGAGAUUCGACAGCUGAACCGGACGCUGCAUACGACGUUGAAUAUGGAGGAGACGACGUUGAAUGCUGCAAUGGGCGCGGCGUUCACCGAGAGCGCGUUCCAUAGCCACAUUAUGCCGCGUAUCUUUCGCGCUAUUCGAGCCAAGCGCGUUGUCGUGCCGUGGAUUGUCGAGCGCAGCAAGAUCUGGGGCGGCGAAACGGAACAGCUCAGUAUCAAAGACAUGCUGCCGUUCUCUGCGAAGUUCAUGUACCGCAAGAUUUGGCGGCCGUACUUUAUGAGCAACGUCGCUGUGGCGAUGAACAAUCUCAACGAGUUUGUCAGCUCUUCGAGUCCGAGCAGCAGUGUCAGCAGCUCCUCGACGUAUUGCAGUGAACGCCACGGCGAGAUGUGCUCGAUCAUGUGA